AGCAGCGGCUCAUUCGUGUUUGCCGCCUCGUGCACAGCGGACGCAGUUCAGAAUUUGCUUAAAAACGAGUUGGAAAUUGUCGGCAUAAGGGGUUUCUGCCGCGUUAACCGGAACUACAUUUUCGAGCUAUGCGAAAUUGAUUUCGUUUAUAUUCGAAGUCUUGAGACACUAACUUGCCACGCCCAGCAUGGGCGCUGUAAAUCUCCUGUCAGCUCUUUUGCUGCUCCUGGCGCUGUUUAUGGCACAGAGUCAGGCGGCGCGGGAAAAUCCUCUCAAGGAUCCGCGCAUUUGCGGACGUCCCCAGUGUGAAACGAUAACUUCAAAAUUCGAUUAUGGCAAUAAAUUGUACAAAUAUGAUUAUACGGUAUCGUUACGCACCGAAUUCGCUGGAUCCGGCGAUAAUAGCUCCGAUUUGUACUUAAAAGCCGACCUGGAGAUAUUCUUUCCCAAAGGCUGCGAGGGCUAUCUACGCAUUAAUUCCGUUAAACUCUACGAUACGAUUCAAGAGUCUAACGAGUCCAACAGUGAAAGUACUUCCAAAGAUACUUAUGAUUAUUAUGAUAAUUUGGCCAGCAGCGAUUCGGGCGAGGCUUCAGACUUUGAGAACCUGCACCCUAAAAGCUACGAUAUGUCCACCGAAUUAUCCAAGAAUCUGCUACGCUUCGCCUUUCAUGAUGGUCUGAUAAGCGAAGUGUGUCCAGCUGAGUUGGAAAGCCCUUGGGUUCUCAACUUCAAGAAGGGCAUAUUGUCAAGUUUUCAAAAUACCAUGAUGCGAUUUGAUGUUGACUUUAAUACCACCGAAACAGAUGUAUCUGGCGACUGUGAAGUACAGUAUGAACUUGUAACAAUCGACAAUGUCUAUGUGACCAUACGCAAGACCAAAGAUAUUCUCACAUGUCGACGACGUUACGCCACACAGUCUGUGCUGCAAACAACACCUUACACUUUCCGAGAUGAUAAGACAAUUUGGCCCAUUCUCAAUUCACAGAGCUACUGCAAUUUGACUGUUGAUAAGAAUGUUUACCGCGAGAUCAGCUGCCUGGAGAAUCACUUGUUGGUUCCUUUUUCCAAUGGCAGCUCCGGCGCUUUGACCACCACGAAAAGUAAACUUCUGCUAACGGGAAGCGAUGACUACAGCAUAAGCGAAUUCCUGGAACAGAAUAUCGAGAUGGUUGAGAGACGUUCUCCUCUAAUCUUUGACCAUACGCCGCCUGUGAAGCCCACUCAUGAUGAGAUUAAGGUCGCCCGUGAAUUGUUGGUGGAAAUGUGCGCUUUGGGUUUUCCGAAUAUACAACGUGAGUUCAUCGAUGUCUUUACCAACUUUUUACAAUCGUCCAAGAGUCUGGACUACAAGACGUUGACGGUGUUGUUGCAACGAUCGGCGAGUAUUUGUUCGCAGGGCAAGAACCACGUGCUGGAAUCGCUGCCCUACAUUGGAAGCACUGCCUCUUAUCAAGUGAUGCGCGAUCAAAUUGUUUAUGAGAAAAUUUCCAAAGAAAUGGCACACAGUUGGAUGACAUCAAUGUCAUAUAUCACACGACCCGAUGAGGAGACCUUGGACACAUUCUACAGCAUACUUGACUAUGCCAAAAACAAACAAGACCCGGAAUACACCCUAGGCUCGACAGCUGUGGUGCACAGUUAUUGCAAGCAUCAUGAAAACUGCGAGGAAAACCUUAAGGUUACAAAGAUUAUCACGCUGCUGGAGACCGAAUUCCUAAAUCAGUUUAAAAAAUAUCGUGGCGCGCGAAAGCAACACGAACGUUUAACAAUUCUGCUCAAAGGAUUGGGAAACAUUGGCGUCAUGUCCAAUGAUUUCGCUGUGCAAUUACAAUCCAUAAUCAAGGAUAAUUCGGUACCUGUUAACAUAAGAUUGCAGAGCAUUUUCUCCUUUAGACGCGUCAAUUGCCUUAAACAUCGCAAGUUUUUCCUGGAUUAUUAUGCGGACUAUACGUUCAACUCUGAACUGCGUAUCUUCAGUUAUCUGCAAACCAUGCGCUGUCCAGACUAUAUAUCUAUUGCGGAAAUUAAGUCCAUUCUCGAACAUGAACAGAUCAACCAAGUUGGCUCCUUUGUCUGGUCUCAUUUAACCAAUUUGGCCAAGUCCAAUUCUCCAGUGCGCAUAGAAGCUCAGGGCUUAUUGUUAAACGAUGAACUCUCCGAGAAGUUUAAAAUGGAUAUACGCAAGUUCUCCCGGAACUACGAGCACAGCUUGUUCUUCGAUGAGUACAAUUUUGGUACCACAACGGAUGCCAAUCUCAUCUUUGGCACCGACUCCUAUCUGCCACGUCAUGUCAGCGUUAAUUUUACCGCCGAUCUCUUUGGUCAGUCCGUUAACUUCUUUGAGUUUAAUGCAAGAGCCGAGGGUUUUGAGGAACUAGUGGCUAAUGUUUUUGGUCCAAAAGGACCUUUGAAUGGUGAGCUGCUACGCAAGAAACUCUCCUUUCUCAAUCGUUGGCUGGGCAAUGAGAGCGCUGAGGAGGACGACACAUUGGACAAUUUGCUCAGUUUAGACAAUUUGCGACUUAAACGUAGGACUGAGGAUGCCAUAGAAUCGGGGGACUAUGAAUAUAAAUUCGAGGAAGAUGAUGAGGAAGAAUCAGCGAGAACCAGGCGGAAUGCCGAUACUGCAGCCAAGGUAAAGAAACAAGGAAUCGAUCGGAAUGUUGAUCAAUUGGGAUACAAACUGAAAUACGAUUAUAACAAUCCUCGAGCACAGUUUGGAAUGCGUAUUUUUGGCAACGAUUUGCGUUAUUAUAAUGUUGAAUCCAUGACGGAGGUAGCAUUGUUGGCAGCCCAACUUAAUCCCAUGUCUCAGGCCAAGAAGCUGCUCUCGGGGAAACCCUUUACCUACACCAAGUCGAGUGUUUUCCUGGAUGCAUCUUAUAGUGUUCCUCUAGCAAUUGGCAUGCCUUUGGCAAUCCACGCUUUUGGUGCAUCUUCCGUUGAUCUGAGCAUCUCAGGCAAUCUGGAUAAACUUGAUGCCGAUUGGCAUUUCGAUGUGCAAGGACUUUUCAAGCCCUCGGUGUCCGUGGAUGUCAUAACAACGAUGCAAACGGAUAUGUAUUGGGAUCAAUCGGGCAUUAAGGUCAAGAGUAAUUUGUACUCCAACUCAGAGGUGGAGGCCAACUUGAAGAUGCGCGGUCGCAAUCUCAUUUCAUUCUCCUUCAACCUGCCGCAGGAUAAGAAUGAAAUAUUUAGUGCACGAUCCGAGUUGUUGGUGGUCAAGAGAGAUCAGCAGUUGCCUCAGGGGGGAAUUGAGAAGCGCAGUGCCAACUCUACCUGCACUUGGACCGUCCUGGACACGGCAGUUGGAUUGCAAAUGUGCUCGCAUUAUAGUGUUCCCGAUCUGAGCAAUGCCACAGAUGCUUAUCCCAGUUUAAUACUAUCGGGGCCACUAAACUUCAGUCUAGUUCUCAAGAAAUCUGAUUUGUCGGCCAAGAAGUAUGUGUUCGAGUACAUUUGGGAUCAGGAGGAGGAAGAGAAGAACAACUUUUCGCUAGUUUUCACCACACCUGGCUCAAAGGUUCCUCGCAUCCUUGUUGCCAAUUUGACUAGCAUUUCCAAUGCCUUUAACGCUUCCGUUGCCUUCACAAAUGGCGAGAAUCGAGCCUCCGCCGGCUGCAGCUUUGAUAACAAUCCCGACUACAGACGCCUCGAUGUCUAUCUGGACAAUAACCGUCAACGAUACUUUGACUUGGGCAUGGAACUGCGACGAUAUCAAGACUUUACUGCCUGGAUUUAUAAGCCUCGCAUGCUGUUGACCCUCCAAGGAGUAAAAGUUACCGGCCUGGUUGGAUCCAUCAAAAUCAAUGAAAAGAACGGCAUCAAACAACAUGAUGUGGAUCUCUCCUUCGAGACGAGGAAUCUACAGGCUUUAGUCAGUGGAAACGUUGUGCAAAACGAAGUGACCACCUCCACCAAUAUGACCAUUAAUUACAGGUUCAAGGAUGCCAAAAUAGAAACAAUUAACUUUGCUGGUCGUCUGCUGGACAAUAGCGAUAAAUCCAAGACGGAAUAUCGAGGAAAUAUGAAACUGAGGACGACAGCGUAUCCCAAACUAAACUUUGCCUCAAAUGCCACUUGGCUGAGUCUGCAAGGACACACUGAGGGUAUAUUUACCUAUAACAAUGCUCCGGAUUAUAUCAAUCCCAACUACACGAGCUUAGUGAGGUUAAUCUUUGCACGCUCUCAAUCCGAGGAUGCUAUUUUCGACGGUACCAGGACGCGUGCCAGCUUGGAACUGAAGCUUCCAAGAUCAAAAAUAGAUUACCGCAUAAUGGUCAAACACGAGGAGCGCAGCAAAAAUGGCACGGAGAAUAAUGUUAUUAUAGGUCUGAAGUAUGCGCCGGAGAAGGAGAUUACGGGUCUGUUUUCUGUGUAUCUGCCACGUCGUAGUCUCUUUGCCGUCGAUGCCUAUAUGAAUAUAUCUGUGCCGGAAUUUAAUUCCUGCACCGCAAGUCUUAAAGUCAAUGAAAUUGAGACAAAGGAUUAUAUGGUGUUUAUCAAUGGUUCCUGGUUCACGGGUCACUCGAUUUCCAUCAAAGGCAACUAUAAAGAUCGAAGUUCGCGUGCUCAGGCCUUGCAUCACCUAAAAAUGAUUGUGGAGAGUCCUUCAUUUGAAUUAACCUCAUUGAACAUUGUCUAUCGACGGAAUCAACUUUUGAUCUUCUCCGAUCUGCAAGCCAAGUAUGGAAAGGAUCCUUACGGUUUGACCGUACAAUAUGCUUCUAAUGCGCACAAUCGCAAUUCGAAUGCCGAAGUGCGUUUGAAGAUCAAGGAAAAAGAUUAUUGGAUUAAUUCAAAAUUAUUAUCAGAGCAGCCAAAACUCUUGCAGCUAGAAAUGCACAUUGAUAAAAUUCGAGAUGUGCACAUAAGACUGGGCUUGUUAAACAUUGAGAAGCGUAAAGAGUUGUCUCUGGAGCUGAAAUGGGAUGCCAAUCGUGAUCCAAGUCAGAGAUUGGGUUUGCUCCUAGAGUACAACAGUCCGGGAAAUAAACAUUACGACGGCAAUGUUAUGUUAACCUAUCCGGAACGCACCAUUACCUGUGGCUUCAACACGUAUACGGGUGGGCCCAAGUAUUACGGCAAAGCACAUGCCUCAUGGAGCAUCACAGAGGUCAUUGAGUUCAGCUACGAUGCGGGAAUUAUGCCGGGAAAGACCCUUCAUAAUUGGGUGCAUGCAGAGCUUAGCACUCCCUUCAAUGGCUGGCGGACAAACAGUCUACGGGCGGGUGUCUAUAACGUAAAGAAUUUGGUAUUGAUGAACUCAACGUUGUCCUGGGCCGACGAUCAGUUAUUGGAGCUGGGUUUCAAAAGCGAUCACGAUAUACGAGAUCAGUUGGUUAGCUUUGAUGUGCGUAUCGGCAUCAACAGCACCAUUAAGGAUAUACCCACGAUAAAUGUCAAGGUAAAACACAUGCAGGAUACAAAGAAGUUCGACACGGAUCUCUAUUUGAGAUAUAAACAGAACGAGACCUUCAACACAUACAGCAUCAAGUCUAACUGGGAUGUGAUACGCAAUCAACGCUAUCACAAUGUCUCCGGCACGGUUUCCCUGGUCAGUCCCUUCGAGGGGUAUAGAAAGGGAGGUUUGGUUGCCAUGUUCAUGUUGAACGAUAAGCGGCAGAUUCAAGGAGCCGCCUCCCUUGAGUUUGACAUACGUGAAUUUACUCUGACAAUGGAUGGUUAUGUAAAGAAGCUCACGGAUAAUAUGCUGACUAUUAAUAUCACAACUCCGCUGGAGAAAUUCCGUACGAUUAAUGGACGCUUUGGAUUGAAUGAGAAGAAACGUCAUGCGGUGGCAGAGGUACGUGCCCCAACUGCCGCCCUUGGAUUUGAAGCUCUUGCGGAUAUCAAGAAUCUACUGGACUUUGAUGUCAAGCUGAGUGUGGCCACGCCCAUUGAAAGCUUCCAGCAAGCCGCCUUGUUUGGCAAGGUCAAUACGGAACGUGUGGAUAUGCGUGGCAUCUGGAAUAAUGCCACAUUGGGCUUUACAGGAGUGUGGCAUAUGCACAAUCUCACCGAUUUUGAAUACUCUUACCUGGUAUUCACACCACUUGCGGGCUUCGAAGAGAAUGGAUUUAUUGUGCAGUUGCUGAAGAGGGAAACUUUCAUAUUCCAGCUGCAUGGAAAGCUAUCAAACUACAAGUUGGGUGUUAAGAUCAAAGGACAUCCUAAACCGAAAUUGGUCAAUCAAUUGAGUAGCCAGAAAAUGCAAUUAGAUUUACACUUCGAUGAUGACUUCCAGCCGCCAAGAGUUGAAGAGGAAUCCGAAGAGGAUUAUCUCUCCUACCUAACGACUUUCGAACUGGACUCGUUGGUCUGGCCGACAAUUGAUGGCCAGGUUGACAUACAGGAAAAUCUCGAUAUGUAUUUCAUUGUUGGCAAUGUAGAUCUACCUCAGGGCAGAGUGGAGUUCAGGGAUCGUCUGUAUUAUCCAGACUACAUUAAUGUAUUGAAUGUGCUCACUGUAACCACACCAUUUGCCAUCGCCAAGGACUUCAAGUCUAUUUUCGAAUAUCACAUUGAUUUGUACUUCAACUCCUUCUAUCAGCGUAUUCAGUUUAUGUUGCGCAAUAAAUUAGAGCAGUCCCAAGAAAUGGGCGUUGAAUUGAACUACACCAAGGUCGUGGACAAUGUCAGACCACAGGCAUUCAAUGUCCAAUUGAAGCUCAUAACGCCAUACGAAUUGUUGCCAGAGAUCAAUGUUCAUGGUCGCAUCGAGAUGGAUGACAAUGCCUAUAAGGGAAACAUCAGCUCAUGGACAGCCAACACUCAUUUAUCACUAGCUGCAGCUGUGGAGAAUGAAGACAGCUUCCUGGAAACCUCUGUGGGCAUCUUACUGGAGACAGAUGUCAUACCGCAUUACGCUUGCAAGGUUUACUUCAAGAGGGACUUUUCUGCUGUGGACAACAUUAUUGAAGUGCGCUUUGAAGUCACUGACAAUGGCACUGUCAAUCAGCUUCACAUCGAAACGGAUUGGCACACGAAUUCCUCUUAUUUCUUGAACGCUAAUGGCAAAGUGGAAACCACAAUGUUGCCAUUGAAACUUGCCUCAACUUCUGUGCUGGCAACAAAGGGGCCAAAUCCACAGGUGAAUUUCGAUCUCAUUUUUGUGAGUCGCGAUGGAGAGAGUAUGGCUUAUGGCACGAGAUCAAAUAUAAAGAAGGAGGUGUUCAACGUUGAAGUAUGGACGCCAUUGAAGAACUACAGAAAUAUCUCGAUGCACGGCACAAUUCUAAAGAAUGCUAGGGAUCCUCAGCGUUACGAUGUGUCUGGAAAUCUUUAUCGCAAUAUGGCAACUUAUGGUGUAACGGGUGCGGUAAGAAUGACGGAUGGUUGGCCGAUGGAAACCACUUUGAGGGUACAGCCAAAGUCUGGAGGUCGUGACGGGGUUAUUGAGCUGAAUAUACAGGAGGCAGGGCCAAAUAAAGUGCGCUUCUCUUUUAGUGCCAUUGAGGAUGGCAAGAUGUGUCAGAUAUCUGGCGGAUAUAGCGUCAGUGACAACAAUGGCGGCAUGGAUUUCUCACUACUUGUGGAGAGCACCGAACCGGACAUUGCACGUAUUAACUUCUAUGGCAGUCUUAAGCCCGUGGAGCAGCGUCGUCUAGUGGGCGACUUGAAUCUGGAGACACCGUGGAAACAUUUGGGUAUUGAUUCUGUGCAUCUUCACUCCGAUCUUGGCGUGCGAUCCGAUGGCGGCCAGAUUAUCGGAGAAUAUCAAAUUGGCAAGCACAUUGGACGAGGCAGUUGCCUCUGGUCAUUUAUUCUGGGCGAGAAUCUGCAGCUGGUGCUGGAGAGUUAUAUAGAAAGACCCGCUGCCCAGCCGAGGAUUGUGCACGCCAGUGCCAGAUAUCUCAAUCCCGGCAAGAAUUUCGAACAACUGCAGUCGGGUGGACGACUGAGUGUCGACUCCAAAUGGAACCUGGAUGUGAAUGGCAGUCUGCACUACAAGUCCCCAGAUGACUUCGAUUUCAAUAUUCUCACGCAGUUGCCUCUGCCUGUGGGAGAUACCCAUCAGCUGAGUGCCAAAUAUCGUGGAAAUAUCAUUAGUAAACAGCUUCAAAGCCCCAAUUUCUUUAUUGAGACCGGCUACAAAUCGCUGGAGGCACAGCGGAUACUUCUAUCGCGUCUCUCCUAUCGCAAUGACACAAACGAUUUGAAAGGUUUGGCCCAUGCUGAAUGGGGAAAGAAAGAAAAUCUAUCCGUGAUCGAGGGAGACUUUUUGAUUGAACGCAAGCAGGGACUACGCCGCAAUUUCUUGGCCAAGCUGACGACACCCAAGUUCAAGGGAGAGCAUACCUUUGGCCUUAGUGGACAUUAUGAUAAACCAAAUGAAGAUUACCACAACUUAGUGUGUGCCUUGGAUUAUCCUGCAAGUCGUCGCAUAGCUGAUUUUGAUGUGUUCUUCAAUUCCUACACCAACAUGCAUGGUGUGGUCAACUCCAGUACACCUCUGCUCAAUGUUACCUGGUUGAAAACAGACUUUGAUUUUACCACAAAGAGCGGUCACAGCUAUCGUUAUAUACACUGCAGUUGGCCCAAAGAUAGCGCCUUUUUCAAGCUGAACAGCAACUAUGACAGUGAUAAUGCUAAUCACAAUCUGAAUGGCAAUAUUGAAAUAGAAGUUCCUUUGGCCACACGGCAUCGUGCUGAUAUUUCAUAUGGUCUGCAGGAAAGUCCCAAUUUGGACUCGGGCAAUUUAAAGGUUGUCUACAAUGAACAACAGAUACUCGAUGGCAAUUACAAGCGUGUAGAAGAACAGAAGCAUCCCAUCUACAAGGACACCACAGACAUUACGCUGGAGAACGAUAUGAAACCACUUGGCAUUCAUUAUGUCAACACUCGGGAUAUGAGUAAUCCCGCUGGAACAAGAGAUGUCAAACAUAUCGAAGUUUUUGAGCUGCGCAAUACGAAGAACUUCAAUCUGACCGGUGAACUUCACACUCUGACCACUCUUAGUUCCCAGGAGUUCAAACUAGUUGCGAUACAUCCGAAUCGUGCCGUUGUCCUCACCACAAAGUACGAGGAUGUGAGUCCUCAGGUUGUCAAGCAUCAUGCCAAGAUCGAAUUAUCCGAAACGGCAUGGAUUGGCUAUAAUCUGGAGCUGGGCAACUUUAGCAUGCAUGGCAACGAAUCGCAGCGCUUUGCCUUGGAGCUGUUCUAUCCUAAACGCAAUAUGUCCACCUCUGGCUGGUAUUAUGUCACAGAUAAGCAUUUUAAUGCGGACUUGGCAUUGAAAUGGGCAGGAACUGGGCGGCAUGACGAGUCGAGGAAGAUUCGUAGCAGCUUGCAAUGGAAUUCGGAGCCAUUGGAAAAGGGUGAUCGUGAUCAUCAGACAUUUGCCCUGACUGUGGCACAUCCCUAUCUCGAGAAGGAUAUCAUUUGCAAGGCGGAUUAUUAUCGCGGCAUCAAGGAUUUGCUCAGAACACAUUUAACCAUCGAUUAUUCGGACAGUCCUGAGCAAUUGAUUGUGUUGGGUGCCCAACUGAAGGAUUUGUAUCAUGAAUUAGGUCAUACGAAUUAUACUUUCAAGUUCUAUGGUUAUCAUCCUGCCUCUGAGUUGGAUGUGGAGUUGAAUGGCACUUUGGCUGCUCGUCCUUCGUACUACAAAACAGAAUCAACGGCACACUAUAAACGUGAUUAUUCUCCACGUUAUGGCAAGUUCUUGGCCUUGUUGGAUCUCAACAAAAAGGAGGUGGAAUAUGAACGUCAAUCGCCUUAUCACACGGUGCGUCUUUGGCUUCUGCCCACCAUGGAGUUCCCUAUUUAUGGCCUAAAUGCGACAGUUUGGGACACGCCAGAUACAAAUCACUCGGGCUACGUCUACGUGGAUAUUGCCAAGCGUCUUGCCCGUAUGGACUUUAAUCUCACAGAGGAUGCGAGUCAGAAUCUACAGAUGGUCGGUUAUAUUCCCGAUUCACGCAGUGGAUAUUUGGACAUCUGGCGGAAUUACGAAGAAAUACGCAUCAUUGAUGUCAGCUCAUAUCUAAAGAUGAAUCACUCACGUUUGAUUACGGGCCGAUUCCAUUGGCGUCCCAACAUUAGAGAAGAUCUCCGUGAGAAGUUCAAUGGUCUGGGUAAUUCCAUUUAUGGUUCCUUUUCGGAUGGCAUUGAUUUCUGGAUCAAGUCGCUGUACACGGAAUCUAUGGAAUCGAUGGGCGUCAUCUGGAAAACGGCCAAGGAAUAUAACAGCAAAUUUGUUGAAGACAUCAGUCAAUUGAGCGUCUUAGAGGAAGAUCUAAAUGAUCUGCGUCUGUUUGUCAAUCAAUCAUACGAGGCAAAUGAUUUCUAUAUCAAAAAUGUUGUCAACUUUACACUGACCAUAUUGGAUGAGUUGGCCAUCCGGGAUCACAUUCAAUCCUUGCCGAAAAUCUUCUCGGAACUGUGGCAAGCCAUGGGAGACUCCGGGAAGGCGUUGCGUAACAGCAUCGUCUGGUUAAUUGAUACCAUUAAGAAGACCUAUAAUAAUGUACUCGAUGCCGUCAGUCGAUUCUUCCACGGCGAGAGCUUGACUUACAUAACAUCACUCAUGGAAAAGGGCAUAGAGAAAUAUGAUAAAUUUGUCAAGGAUCUGCACAUUAAGUUUAUCAAAUACAUUGAAAAUUUAUGGCACAAGUCCUGGCAUUUGGCAGAAACCUAUUGGAAGAAUGUUCUCAAACGAUUCGAACCGCACAUGUUUAAGAUCAUUAGCUUUAUUGAAACAACUGCCUGGGAUCUGAGCAAGGAAGUGUUUGACUUCAUAUAUAAAAGAACCAAUGAACUCGCCGAGUCGCCGUACUUUAACAAGGUUUCCAGCUUCACAGCAGAUGCGGAGCGUUUGUACAGAGACUUCCAGGCAAAUGAUGCCAUUACCAACAUUAAAAAAUACUCAACGCUCACCUGGAACUUCAUCAAGGAGAAGUACUUCAAGCUGGUGCCAUUUGGUGCCGAACUGAAUGAGGUGCUUACGGAAAUCUGGCAGGAAAUAAAGGAGUUGCAGAAAAUCGAGCAAGUCAAGCUUGUGGUACAAAAGUACAAUGAAGUCUUGGCCCGAUUGGAAUGGAUUGCCGAUGAGUUGCAGCUCGAGUAUCGCGUUCAUCAAUUGUACGGACUGUUGCGCAAUAAAUUCCGAAAUUAUGCGUUAAAUGCUCUGGAAACGGCGGACAUGUAUCGAGAGGCUAAAACGAAGUUCAUCUUUGAUCCGGAGGUGGGCAUUAUUGAUCUGGAGCAAAAGCUGCCCAUGUCCUGGCAUGCAUUCAAUGAGACGCCCAAAUUCGAAGAGAUUCCCGAAUACAAAAUGCUCUCCAAGGUGCAGAAUUUCCUAAGUGAAACCAACUCCUCGAUCAUCACAAAGUUGUACAAUAUGCGAGCUCAUUUGGAUCCCAAGACCUGGCUGCCACCUUACUACUCACGUGCCUUGCUUAUCGACUCACGUCACUAUAUGACCUUCGAUCAACGUUUUGUUGGCCUCAACUUGAACUUUGAACAGUUGCCUCAAGCUCAGUGCAGUUAUUUGUUGGCUCACGACUUUUUCAAGCGGAACUUUACGCUGCUUCUCGAACCGGCGACACAAUCGAAGGCUAGUCGAGACGCUGGCCUGUUGUCCACACGCAAGCUGAGCUUUAUAGCCAAUGGACAGCUCUUAGAAAUUGAUCUGGGCACAGAUCAUAUUAGCAUCAAUGGCAAUCCGCAGCCUAUUUUGCCACUUAAACUGGGCGCAGUUAACAUCUAUCGUGAGCUGGACAUACUCUCCAUUAUUUCCGAUACACAGUUCAGUUUGCAUUGCAAUGUUCAGUUCGAUUUUUGUUGGUUCGAGGUGAGCGGUUGGUACUUUGCCAGAACAGCCGGUCUGCUAGGAACUUUGAAUAAUGAACCCUACGAUGAGUACACCAUGUCCAACAGUCUGAUUACGAAUGAAACACAGAAGUUUACCGACUCUUGGAGCCUGCAACAUUGCAAACCAAAGCAGUUGGCCAAGACUGAAACAACCACAAAUGAAGUAAACGUAAUUUGCAACAGUUUCUUCCACGGUGGCAUUUUGUCCGCUUGCAGUGCUGUCGUAGAUCCAACACCUUUCUAUGAAAUGUGCCUUGAUCUGGGCAUGAAAUCUCAGCCCAUUCGGCCGGGUCAUCCAGCGAUAAAGGGUGCUUGUUCCGCUGCCUUGGCGUACAUCGAAACCUGCACCUCAUUGAAGGUGCCCAUGCGUGUGCCGGAUCAGUGUGUGUUCUGUGAACUGGCGAAUGGUUCCUUUGUGCCAGAGGGCAAAUUUAUGGAGCUCAGCGGGUCAGAUAUACCAAGCAGCAGCGAUGUCGUCUUUAUUGUGGAGGCCAAGCCUUGCAAUGCAAAUCUCAAGGAAUCCAAAAGCAUCAUGAGCGUUGUGAACAGCAUCGAUGAGCAGUUGCGAGCUGCCAAAUUGACAAACAAUCGAUAUGCUGUUGUGGCCUUCGGCGGCAUUGAACCCUUUGAUAAGCCUCGCAGCAUUUUCUACGAGCGAAAUGUGUUUACCUCAAAGCCGGAUCAAUUGGCGAAUUACUUUGCCCACAUUAAUGCGGGCAAUGGAAGCAGCAAUGAUAUACUUAUGGCCAUUUCAACAGCAUCACGCUUGAACUUCCGUCCGGGCGUAUCCAAGACAUUUAUCCUGCUCUCGUGUAGCAGCUGUGCCGCAAAGGAUAUGCGCUUCGAUUCCACCUCCAUAUUGCAGUUUAUGCUGGAGGAAGGCGUCAAUCUGCACAUUUUGGCGGACACGGAGUUUGAUUUUGAGCGCGAUAAGAAAUUGCGACACUUCUUUGGUUUGGAUAAACAUAUUGUCUAUUCUAAGCGAUACCCUGAGGGAAAUGCCGAAGCACGCAAGCUGGCAAAUAUCUCCAAGAAAAACCUGGGCAUCUGCACGCAGUUGGCAUUGGAGACUAAAGGAUCCGUGUUCAGUGCACGGAAAUUAGCGCCAGAGCGCAAAUAUCCCAUCGUGCGGUUUGCCAACAUCUUUGGCAAGCGUGUGGCCCAAAGUGCCACGCCCAUUGGCACACAGACUUGCGAGUGCUCCGGCCACAAUUCGGGUGUGCCCUAUCUGGCCUGUUCCCCCACAGCUUUACCCGAAGAAAAGGGCAGCCUAGACGACUAUGAAGAGUUCGACAACUGGGAAUGGGAAGAUGAAUUGGACGAGCAAGCCUAAGAAACUGGAUUUUUUUAGUUUGUAUGCAAUAAGUUAGUUUAGCCAUAUCAAAACGAAUUGUAAAGUUUUUCCCAUAUAACUCGAAUCACAUUUUUUAUAAAUAAAAAAAACUAUCAAUCAUAUCUGACU